UAUUUUUAAUUAAACAUUUGGAACUGUGAUUAUCUUUAAAUGUUGCUUUUACAGGAAAAACAGUGUGCACUGAUUCAGUUUUUAAAACGUAUUUUAUGUUUAAAGUAAUGCUCAGUUCAUUUAAAAACACAUUUAAAUAUAGAUUAUUCUUUCUUCAUGGAUGCAAUUCGUUCCUGUGCGCAUUAAUGUGCACCCCUCUCCUUUGUGCGCAGAGAGUCGCUGUUCACCUUUAAAACAUAUCUGGCUACAAUAUAUAACAGUCAUCGUCGCCAUGACUGUUUAUUGUGCAGACAACGCUGCAACCAUCGUUCGCUAUACAAUCCGUUCUUUCAUUUAAGGUUGAACACUUCAUUAUUUCUAUUUACUUUACAGUGCUAAGUCGGUUUUAAAACAGGUUACGUUUUGAACCGGGAAUAGUAGGUCUACACCGAGCUCAGAAACUAUGGAUUCCAUUGUGAGAGCCCCGAACCAGAUUUUAAGGUACGUUUGGAUGUGUCUUCUUCUCUCCGCAUCCUUAAAGCCUGUGUCUACAGUUACUCACUAUUCUAUCCCUGAGGAAAUGGAGGAAGGGUCCGUGGUUGCAAAUCUAGCAGCUGAUCUCGGGCUGGAUGUUAAAACGUUAAACAGACGGAAGAUGCGUUUGGACACGAUCGCAUCUAAAAAAUAUCUUGAUAUUAACAAAGAAACCGGAGAGCUGUAUGUCGUACAGAAGAUAGACAGAGAACAUCUCUGCAAUUCCAAAUUAACCUGCUUUCUGAAGCUAGAUGCUACAAUAGAAUACCCAAUUCGAAUGUUUAAUUUAGAAAUAGAAAUAAUUGAUAUAAAUGAUAAUGCACCACAUUUUAGGAGAGACACAAUGCACUUGGAUAUAUCAGAGUCUACUUUAGCUGGGGAGAGGUUUUCUUUGAACAAUGCUUUCGAUCCAGAUAUAGGAAGCAAUUCCGUGAAGUCGUAUUACUUAAGUGAUAGUACUCAUUUCAGCAUCGAAAUACAGACAGGAAGAGAUGGAUCGAAAUUUGCCGAUUUAAUUUUGACAAAAGCUUUGGACCGUGAGGAGCAAACAGUUCAUAAUCUGAUACUCACUGCUGUGGAUGGAGGAGUCCCCGCGCGCUCUGGCACCGCUAGCAUUAUUGUGCGCGUUCUGGACACUAAUGACAACGCCCCUCAAUUCGAUAAAGACAGUUAUACUAUAAAUCUAACAGAAAACGCACCAAUCGGAAGCCUUGUUAUGAAAUUAAACGCGACAGAUAAAGACGAGGGCUCCAAUUCAGAUAUACUUUAUUCAUAUAGCUUAUACACUUCAGAGAAAACGCAGCAGACAUUCAGUCUGAAUCCUGACAGUGGUGAAAUCAGAGUAAAAGAGAUGAUUAAUUAUGAGGAUUUCAGGAUCUAUGAUAUGGAAAUUAUAGCAACAGAUAAAGGAGCCAAUAGUCUUUCUGGGAAAUGUAAAGUAAAGAUUUUAAUCACAGAUAUGAAUGACAAUCAUCCUGAAAUUUCUAUAAAAUCAUUCUCAAGUCCAGUGAAAGAGGAUAUACCUGUAAAUACAGUAAUUGCAGUUGUUAGUGUGAGUGAUAAAGACUCAGGAGAAAAUGGGCAGGUAGAUAUUCAUAUUUCUGAUGAUUUACCUUUUGCGCUCAAAGAAUCGUCUGAUAAUUAUUAUGAAUUAUUAGUUUCAGAACCGUUAGACCGUGAAAAGGUUCCAGAAUUUGACAUCACUGUUACCGUGACUGACAGGGGCAACCCGCCGUUAUCUGAUAAUGAAACUAUAACUUUAGAGCUGCUGGACGUUAACGACAAUGUUCCUCAGUUCCCGCAGACAUUCUACACGAUACCUGUUAUGGAGAAUAACGCGCCUGGAGCUUUACUGAGCUCUUUAACUGCUAUAGACCCAGAUCUCCAUGAAAAUCAGUAUCUAGUCUAUUUUAUCAUAGAGAAGGAAAUAGUGAACAUAUCCAUGUCCAUGCUGUUCUCCAUUAAUCCAGAGAACGGGAAUCUUUACGCGCUAAAGACGUUUGACUAUGAGAUAGAGAAGGAGACUCAGCUGCUUCUACUCUACAGGUAA